AUGGACGAGAUGGAGGCGUGGAUGGCAGAGGCGGGGUUGACAGACAGUGUGAAGAACAAGAUUCGAGCUGUUGCCAACGGCAUGUCGACCACUAAUGUCAAUUUCAAUAAAGCAGGGCUCGGAGACAAAGGUGCCAAGGCGCUGGCAAUUGCACUGAACAUCAGACCCAACAAGGACAUCCAAGCAUUCUUGGACAACAACUCGAUUGGGAAGGAAGGCUGUGUUGCGUUGGCUGGUGCACUGCGUGGGCACACGGGACUGCAGCGGCUUGUCUUGAACAACAACUCGAUUGAGAAGGAAGGCUGUGUUGCGUUGGCUGGUGCACUGCGCGGACACACGGGACUGCAGUGGCUUGGCUUGACCAACAACUCGAUUGAGAAGGAAGGCUGUGUUGCGCUGGCUGGUGCACUGCGCGGACACACUGGACUUCAAGAGCUGUACUUGAACAACAACUCGAUUGAGAAGGAAGGCUGUGUUGCGCUGGCUGGUGCACUGCGCGGACACACUGGACUUCAAGAGCUGUACUUGAGCAACAACUCGAUUGAGAAGGAAGGCUGUGUUGCGCUGGCUGGUGCACUGCGCGGACACACUGGACUUCAAGAGCUGUUCUUGAGCAACAACUCGAUUGAGAAGGAAGGCUGUGUUGCGCUGGCUGGUGCACUGCGCGGACACACUGGACUUCAAGAGCUGUUCUUGAACAACAACUCGAUUGAGAAGGAAGGCUGUGUUGCGCUGGCUGGUGCACUGCGCGGACACACUGGACUUCAAGAGCUGUACUUGGACGACAACUCGAUUGAGAAGGAAGGCUGUGUUGCGCUGGCUGGUGCACUGCGCGGGCACACAGGACUGUAUAUCCUUGGCUUGAGCAACAACUCGAUUGAGAAGGAAGGCUGUGUUGCGCUGGCUGGUGCACUGCGCGAGCAUACAAGGCUGCAAACUCUUUGGCUCCAAGGAAUCGGCGAUGCAGCUGCCCGCGCGUUUGGCGCGAAAUGGCCACCUGAAGGCAGCGCCAGGCUGUUCCUAACUACUUCUGAACGCGCUGCGUUUGACGAAGGCCAGUGGCUGCAAGCACAAGUGCAGGCACCCAGUGGAAACGACAUCGACCUCGCCCGCCUACGUGAAGAAAUCGAGCGCCUUCAACGCGACGUACAGGAGAAGGAUCAACAGCUGCAACGAUCAGACGAAGAAAACAAGCGCCUUCGACGCGUGGUGCAGAAGAAGAAGCAGCUGCUGCAGCACAAAGGUGACGAAGUCCAGCGCCUUCAACGCGACGUGCAGGAGAAAGAUCAGCAGCUUCAACGAAACGAGAAACGGCUGCGUCAACUGGAAGACCAAGCAGAGUCCUUCUUCAACCUCAACCUGGACCCAGCCCGCUUCACGACGAAGAACCGCGUCAGAGACAACAAGGGCAAGCCCGUCAAGGGUGCGUUCGGCAAGCUGUACCGCAGCACGCUUGCUGGGCACGACGUGGCGCUGAAGGAAGUGGACGAUGUUGAAGCGCGACCACGAUUACAGCACCUGCUGACUGAGAUGUACAGCACGACAGCAAGUGAUGUUGACAGCAAGCGUGUGUUGCGAGAAGUGGCCGUCCUUGCGUCGCUCCGCCAUCCGAACAUCGUGCCGUUCCUCGGUCUCUGUUACGACAACGACCGCAACACGCUCUCCUUCGUGCUGAGCUGGGCGGAGAACGGGUCCCUGUACGACUACACACACGUGCACAAGAAAAACCUGAGUGAUGUUGACAAGCUGCGCAUCUUGAGCGAGGUGGCGGCUGCCAUGGAGUUCCUGCAUGCACACAACGUCGUUCAUCGCGACCUCAAGUCGCCCAACGUGCUGCUGGACGCAUCCCUCUCUGCCAAGGUGACGGAUUUUGGCCUGAGCGCGUUCGUCUCAGAGGACGCAUCUACGAUGACACAUGUUCGCGGCACGCGGUUCUGGGAAUCGCCCGAGCAGCUUUUUGGACACGACCCUCGUGCAGACACGGACGUGUUCUCCUUUGGCUGCGUGGUGUGGGAGGUGUGGUUUGGCGUCGUUCCUUGGCACCACGGGCCGUACAGCGAGAAGGGUAUCGUGUUUGGCGACCUUGUCUUCAAGUACAGCAAACACGAGUACCUGCCGCUUGAUGAAGAGAUCAAUGGACGGCGAUUGACACCAGCGCUUCAGGCGCUGCUUCGCGGGAGUUUUGAUGCGAGCGGCAACCGGGUUGAUUUUUCUCAACUGCACGCCGCCCUCAAGUCGCGACACAAGAAAGCCAGUGAGCAGCAGGCGGACGAUUUGCGGGAGCAGCACUUGCUGCUGCACGGACCACCAGAUGCGGUGUGGAAGUUUCCACAGCAGCUGCUGGCUGCGGUUGAGGCAGCCCAGCUGUCGACGCGCCAAUCUGUCUACAUUGCACCACUUCAACUUGACGAGGACGCCGUUACUGAGCUUGUCCAUGCCGCUGGUGGCCGGACCGCCGAGCAGAAUCCGCGCGAACCGUUUGGCCGCACAUUGUGCCGCGUCGCCAUCACGUGGUGCGAUCAGAAGCUCGUCGCCUUCAACGGCGCCCUGCACCGCAACACCACCCGCUACCGCGGCCACCUCACCAGCGCCGGCCACCCGUUUGCGCCCAAGUACGACCACGACACCACGACGGGCCAAGCGACAGAUGCUGAGGAGCGGGCGGUGCUGGAGCGUGUCACCCGCGUUGGCGUGUACAGCAUGCUCGAUCCCUCCCUGCUGCCAAAGGACCCGCCACUGCGCAUCCAGCGCGUGUUCCACGGCGUUGGGUCAUUUGACGCCGUCCUUGGCAUCCUGGGUGGCGACUUUGCACAACUGCAGAAGACGGACAAAGGGUGGUACGGUGCUGGCUUCUACUUUACACCAGAUCUCGACUACGCGCGUGCGUACGCUCAACCAUGCAAUGUUAGCGCAGACCACGACAACGUCCCAGCUGAUCUGCGCUGCCUCAACCUUGAGCCAGGCAAGCCUUACCGGAUUGUGCUGGCGUGCGAUGUCAUGUACGGCAACCCAUAUCCCGUGCUGGAUCUGCAUUUGAAUGGGAAGCCGUUGGCGGGAGGCCACGACGCGCACGUGGCAGUGGUUGACUUCACCAGCGGCAAAGUCAAAGCUGCACAGCCGUUCGAAACGCAUUCGCAGUGGACCCAGGGCGAUAAUGUGCCAGCUGCGGAGAUUGUGGUGACAGACCCUUCGUGCGUUCUUGUGCGGGCCAUUCUUGUGUUUGAGGCCUGA